AUGUUGCCUUUCUUCCAGCGUAUUUUAGAUUGGAUUCGCAGUCUAUUUUGGAAAGAAGAAAUGGAAAUAACUUUAGUGGGCCUGCAGUACUCUGGAAAAACCACAUUCGUGAAUCUUAUUGCGUCAGGGAAAUUUUGCGAGGAUAUGAUCCCUACAGUAGGGUUUAAUAUGAAGAAGAUAACUAAAGGAAAAGUUUCCAUAAAAAUAUGGGAUAUUGGGGGACAACCUCGGUUCCGUAGUAUGUGGGAACGCUACUGUCGUGGUGUAAACGCCGUACUGUUUAUGGUUGAUGCAGCCGAUCGAGAUAAACUGGAAGCCGCUCGUAAUGAGCUGCAUACUUUGAUGGAAAAGCCCCAGCUCGCCGGAAUCCCCGUUCUAGUGCUCGGAAAUAAACGCGAUUUGCCUGCAGCCUUAACUGAAGUGGAGUUAAUCGAUGCGCUAAGUUUAAAUACAAUUCCAAACCGUGAAAUCUGUUGUUACUCUAUUUCAUGUAAAGAACAGGACAAUGUCGUUGUAUUGCGCUGCACGUCAUCUGCUGGCUCAAAAGCUUCGAGGUGGUGUCCAGCAAGCGAUUAA